AUGAAAGGAUAUUCAAGGGGCUGCAACUUUCUCUCGAUAUCGCGGAUAUACAGCAACUUUCUCUGCCCAUUGGCUGGUUUCGACAACGGACAAGCCUGCAAAUUGUCACUCGCGAUCUGUGUUUUGGGGGGGAUUCUCCAGUCCCACGCACAGCGCACUGUAGAAUCCCUCCCAAAACACAUUGCGGCUCACCCGACGCGAUACGUCACGCGUCGGAAAGCUGUAUUCUUCCACGUCGAAUUAGCUGCUGGCUUUCGUUUUAGUCAUCGGCCUGUGAGAGGCGCUGCUUGGAGUCUCGCGUGGUCGCAUUCGGCGCUUUUGAAGCAAGUGAUUGCACGAGAUGUGGCCGCUAGUGCCGGUAGCGGUGGUAGCGGCAGGAGGGGCGUGGGCAUACUGGGCCCAGACCAGCUCUCCCAGGGAGUGGGAGGGAGGGAGGCGCAAGGGCAUCGUGCCUUUCUUGAAGCCGAAGUCAUUCUAUCCAUCGUGCUGUUUGUGAAUCCUCUUGCUGACAUCGGAGCCUUGUGCAUUGCCAACAGAACAGGCAUGUCUCACAUGUCGCAUUCUAUUCCUUUACCUCCCCCUCACUUCCGUUCCCCCAUGUCACUUCUGCGCGCUCAUGCCAUGCAGGAUUCUAAGGGAGUCAAGACCGUGGAGGUGUACUAUCGCAACAGCAGAGGCGUCGAGAUCUUCACGAAGCGAUGGCAGCCGUUGGAUGGGGUGGUUAAAGGAAUCGUGGUCUACUGCCAUGGAUAUGGCGACACAUGCACGUACCACUUUGAUGCCGUGGCAGUGAGCCUAGCACAGCAGCAGUACCUGGUCUACGGCAUGGACUAUGAGGGCCAUGGGUGCUCCCAAGGGCUGCAUGCUUACAUCCCACGCUUCGACACAAUCAUAGAUGAUGUUGUUGAAUUCACUGACGCACUAAGAGCCUCGCCUGCCCUCUCAUCCCUCCCAGUCUUCCUGUACGGCGAGUCAAUGGGCGGCGCAGUGGCCAUCAAGACGCACUGGCGCCGUCCAGACGCGUUCCGAGGAGCCGUCUUACUCUCGCCCAUGUGCAAGAUAGCGGAGGAGCUGAUGCCGCCUCCCAUGGUGGUAUCGGCGUUCUUGGCGCUCAACAGCGUCAUUCCCAAGGUCAAGAUGGUUCCGGGCAAGGACAUCAGCGACAUUGGAAUGAGAGACCUCGCCAACCGCAAAAGAGCGAAGGACAACCCGAUGUCCAUCAGGGGCCCUGCUCGCGUGGGCACAGCAGUUUCACUGCUGCGGACUACACAGGAGAUCGGCCCGAGGAUGAAGGAGCUCUCCCUGCCCUGCUUCAUACUGCAUGGCAGUGAUGAUGCAGUAACCGACCCGGCACUCUCCAAAGAGCUGCACGCAGCGGCCAGCAGCACUGACAAGACUCUCAAGGUCUAUGAGGGCUCCUGGCACGGGCUCACGUCCGGAGAGCCUGAUGAUGUGAUCGAGAAGGUGAUUGCGGAUAUCGCUGCGUGGAUUGCUGCACGCAGCAGCGCUGCUACAGUGGAUCUGAAUGCGGUGAAUGAGAAGCUUUUGGAGCCGCCUUUUAAGGGGGAUACGGGGAAGGCGGUGGAAGUUUAG